AAGAAAGUGAAGAAGCUGAUGUCGAUUAUAUAUCUGAUACCGAAAAUUUGGAUGAUCUUUUGCAGUAUAAUGAUAGGGAUUUAGAAAUUGAAAAAAUGUUUAAUUUCAAUACUUUUUUAGAAGAAAAAACAAAUGAAACAACCAAUAGUAAUGUAGAAUUAGGGGAAGAUGAAUUGGAUUAUGAUAUCGAUGAAAUAAUUAAUGCAUCUACGAGUAAAGUAUAA